UCAGGCUCACAACUCAAACCCCGAGUGUCAGAAUAACACGCUUAAGUCGCCAGUGUGAAAUUUAAUUUGACAGAACACUAUCCACUUCAACGAUAGGGUAGAAAAGGAAGUAUAUUUGUUUAACCAGGACCAAACAGAAUGGAACUUCACAGACAGAAUGUUCAGGAACCUGAUGAUUUGUCAAGCUUUGAGUUUCUAAGUUUUGCUAAAAGCAAUUUUCGAAAUGGAGAAAUAUGCCAGUUCUCCAGAGUACCGCUGACAUCAUCGCUAUUGCACUGCGACAGCAUCCACGACAUCAAGGCGUCCUGUGCGAUUUCUGUCGCCAUACUGCGAUUCAUGAGGGAUAUGGGAGAACCAAAAUUCGAGGAAGAAGACAUUGUGAUUUCAGAAGUAAAAGAGAUGCCACAGCCAAAUGACAAAGCUUAUGCAUCUGGAACCACAUUCAAGAGGAAAGUUGUCUCUGAAAAGACCCAACAGAUGUCCUUGACAUCACACGACAUUCCACCUUUAAUCAUAAUGAAUCGUUCCACAACAAACGUUGAGAAAAUACAGUUUAUCACCAGCUUUGGAAUACGUAGACAGACUCUAAGGGAUGAAAUCUACUGCCAAAUUUGCCGCCAACUAAUUAACAAUGGUUCUCCAACAAGCUAUAGCCGAGGAUGGAUUCUACUUGCCCUUUGUGUCGGCGUUUUCUCGCCAUCGGAUAAGCUGCUGAAUUACCUCAGAAACUUUCUGAAGCAAGGCCCAGGUAAAUUUGGAGAGUAUUGCUACUCGAUUCUUAGGAGAACUGUUGAAAAAGGUUCUAGAAAACAACCUCCUACUAUCGCUGAAUUGGAGGCCGUCAAAACGCAGUCACCCCUUACUCUGCCAGUAAUAUUCAUGGAUGGAGCAAGGAAGACAUUUGAAGUGGAUUCUGCAACAACUUGCGCUGAACUUUGCCAGCUCAUCAAAAACGAACUAGGACUGAAGGAUGUCUUUGGAUUUUCCGUUUUUAUUGAAGCAUUAAGUCAAGUUGCCAACUGGGGCUGUGGAAAUGAAAGUGUUUUAGAUGCCGUCUCCCUGGCUGAGCAGUAUGCAUGCUCUAAGACUCUAAACGAUUGUGGUGCUUGGCACUUGUUCUUUCGAAAAGAUUUGUUUGCACCCACGGAAAAUAUUACCACUGACAAAGUGGCCACUAAUCUAAUCUACCAUCAGAUUGUCGGGGGGAUCCGUGCUGAGGAGUACAUCUGUGAGCAACAGGAAAUGAUUAAAAUUGUGGCUAAACGAUAUUAUAUAGAGAAUGGCCCCGAAUUACAGGAAAACUUGCUCCGUGAGGUUAUCCAAGCUUCGUUUCCGCAUUUCAUACUUGCUAAUAGUCCAGAGAACGAACUUGUCAGCAAUGUCAAGUCAGCCUUUUAUGCGAGUUCUCGGGUUCAAGAAAGAUCUGGCAUAGAGGUUGUAAAACAAGAUAUUGUACGUUAUGCAGCCAGCAACUGGUUCAGAGAUUUCUCAAGAAUUUUCGAUGGAUUUGUGUCAUCGGGGCCAAAGCUUCCGAAGGCCGCCGUGAAAAUCGCCUUCAAUUCGAAGGGAUUUCAAGUUUUGUCAUCCGACAAUCCUGACACUCCUCCCUUACUUAGUCUGGGAUAUUCUCAAAUCAAGAAAGCGUCCAGUGUAAGGAAAGGAAUGUAUCUGGACCCCGUUUUGGUGUUGAACACAAUUCGUUCCCAGACCUUCUCUUUUAGGAGUGUACAAGCUGAUACAAUGCAUAAUCUUAUCAAUCAUUUCUUGCAAUAUUUUAAAACUCCAAAUGCCGCUGGUGUGGACGACUGAUUAUCUGGUUGGAUUGUGUCUCGGUCGACUUCAAGUCAUUCUGUCGAUAGUUACCAGUAUCUGAUCUGCAAUAUACGGUGUUAUACUCCAUUGUUUGUUGCCGGGGAUGUCAUCGGACACAGGAAAAUUAGCAAGAAACUGUAUCAAUAUUUUUGCCUUAAAAUAAAACAAAGAUUCCAUACGACUGGAUAACGAACCAUGGAAUGUAUGUGAAUUAAAUGUAUGGAGAUGUAAAGGCCUUUUUUUACUUUUAAAUGUUAGUCCUUUUAUGAUAGUAAACCAAGCGCCCUGAUUUUAUGGUCUGAUUUUAUGGUCUGAUUUUAUGGUCUGAUUUUAUGGUCCUUUAUCGGAACAAUGUAUCAGGACCUUACUGCCUCGAAGGUUUACAUUUGUCCUUUUCUCCAGCUGGGUUUAUUGGAGAAAUUAUCUACCGCAUCGAGGGCGCUGACGAACGUAGUUGUUACAGCAGGAUUUUCAUAAAGAGCAGGGUUUUAUGUUAAAUCUCCUGAAUCCAGGAACUGUAAAUCAUUAGAAUGGUUUAUGGAACUUGAAAAUAACAGGCUGUCAAUCAAGUGUAAAUACUAUUGCCCAGUUUCAAAUAAAUUUAAUUUUAUCUGGAA